UCCUCUGCCAGACUCUGCCCCCUCAGGCCCUGUCAUUUUUCAGGCUGUCUGCCCUGCAUGUGCAGCUUCCCUCACUGCUGCUGGCUGACAGAAAAAAGAGACCAAAUGGAAGAAUGCAGUUCAGGUCUACAUGAUAAAUCGGGUUUAUCAUCCAUAUUGAAGUCACUAGAGGAAAAAGCCAUGAAGUUCCUAAAGGACGAGCUGAAGACGUUUGUGAGGUACCUAGAUCAGAAUUACCCAGAAUGCUCUGAGCCUCAGCUGGAGGAGGACAAUGACCUGGACUGUGAUGGUCAGAUGCAGAAGACCAGUGUUAGAGAGGUAGCUCUGAAGAUCACACUGUACAUCCUGAGGACCAUGAAGCAAAAUGAUCUUGCUGACUUGCUGGACAAGAGACAGCUCAUGCUACAGGGAUUCAAACGUAAACUUAAGAAGCAAUUUGAGUGUGUAUUUGAAGGGAAAGCUAAGGAAGGACAGCCAACACUUCUCAGUGAGAUUUACACAGAACUCUACAUAACUGAAGGUGGGACUGGAGCAGUAAAUGAGGAACAUGAAGUGAGACAGAUUGAAACAGCAUCCAAGAAAAGGCGAACAGAAGAUACUACAGUCAAGUGCAAUGAUAUAUUUAAACCCUUAUAUGGGCGUGUGACUCCUAUCAGAACUGUACUCACUAAAGGGGUGGCAGGUAUCGGGAAAACAGUCUCUGUGCAGAAAUUUAUUCUCGACUGGGCAGAAGGAAAAGCAAACCAGGAUGUUCACUUCAUAUUUGCUCUUCCUUUCCGGGACCUGAAUUUGAUUAAGGGUGAAUACAGUCUGAUUGAACUGCUUCACCACUUUGUCCCAGAACUGAAAUCAUUUCAGUCCACUGAGCUGUUUAUGUACAAAGUCUUGUUCAUCUUUGAUGGUCUGGAUGAGUGUCGCCUUCCUCUCGAUUUUCAGAACAAUGAGAGCUGGUUUGAUGUAACAAAGAAAAUGUCACUGGAUGUGCUGUUGACUAACCUCAUUAAGGGGAAUCUGCUCCCAUCCGCUCUCCUCUGGAUAACCUCCCGGCCAGCAGCAGCCAAUCAGAUACCUGCUAAGUGUGUCCACCAGGUGACAGAGAUACGAGGGUUCAGUGAUGCCCAGAAGGAGGAGUAUUUCAAGAAGAGACUUAAUGAUCAGAGCCUGGCCAGCAGGAUUAUCACACAUGUGAAAUCAUCAAGGAGCCUCUUCAUCAUGUGUCACAUACCUGUGUUCUGCUGGAUUUCAGCCACUGUGCUUAAGAUGUUUUUUAGUGAGACUGACAGGGGAGAAAUUCCAAGGACUCUGACUGCAAUGUACACACACUUCCUGAUCUUUCAGACAAGUUUAAAAAAUGACAAGUAUAUGAAAGACCAUGAAACUAAGCUUAAGGAAUACAGCAAGCAAUUCCUUUUAAAACUUGGUAAACUGGCUUUUGACAACCUUGAGAAAGGCAAUCUCAUAUUUUAUGAGCAAGAUCUGACAGGGAAUGGCAUUGAUGUCAGUGAAGCUUCAGUUUACUCUGGAGUGUGCACAGAAGUCUUUAAAGAGGAGUAUGGGUUGUACCAGGAGAAGGUGUACUGCUUUGUGCAUCUGAGCAUCCAGGAGUAUCUCGCUGCUUUGUACAUGUUUCUGUCAAACUCAUCAGCUGACCUGCUGAAUACUGCAGUGGAUCAGGCAUUAGAGAGCAAGAAUGGACACUUGGACCUCUACCUCCGCUUCCUCCUGGGCCUCUCAACAGACUCCAGUAAGACUCUGUUACAAAGACUACUGGGGCCGACAAGAAUCAGCUCACAUACCAUUAAGGAUACAGCCCAGUACAUCAAGGGGAAAAUAAAGGAGAAUUUAUCUCCAGAAAGGACCAUCAAUCUGUUCCACUGUCUGACUGAACUGGGUGACAAUUCUCUAGUAGAGGAAGUACAAAGAUACCUGAAUUCAGGAUACAUUUCAGCAGAUGACCUCUCACCUGCACAGUACUCAGCUCUGGCCUUUGUGAUGCUGAUGUCAGAUGAGGAGCUGGAUGUGUUUGAUCUGAAGAAAUACAUCAGACGAGAUAAAGAGCACUGCAGGCUGCUGCCUGUGGUCAAGAACUCCAGGACGGCUCUGCUGAACAGCUGUGAUCUCAUAGAUAAACACUUUGAAGUGCUGUCUUCAGCUCUAAGAUCAAACUCUUCCCCCCUGAGAGAGCUGGACCUGAGUGACAAUAACCUGAAGGAUUCAGGAGUGAAGCUGCUCUCUGCUGCACUGGGGGAUUUACACUGUAAACUGAAGAUAUUGAGGUUGUCAGGCUGUAGAGUCACAGAAGAAGGCUGCUCUUCCCUGGCUUCAGCUCUGAAGUUAAACCCCUCACACCUGAGAGAACUGGAUCUGAGCUACAAUCACCCAGGACACUCAGGAGUGAAGCUGCUCUCUGCUGUACUGGAGGAUCUCAGCUGUAAACUGGAGAAGCUGCAGGUGGGCUGGUGUGAACUCACAGAGAAAUGCUGUGAGGCACUGGCUUCAGCUCUCAGAUCAAACUCCUCACCCCUGAGAGAGCUGGACCUGAGUGACAAUGACCUGCAGGACUCAGGAGUGAAGCUGCUUUCUGCUGGACUGGGGGACUUACACUGUAAACUGGAGAUACUGAGACUGUCAGGCUGUAGAGUCACAGAAGAAGGCUGUUCUUCCCUGGCUUCAGCUCUGAGAUCAAACCCCUCACACCUGAGAGAGCUGGACCUGAGCUACAAUCACCCAGGAGACUCAGGAGUGAAGCUGCUUUCUGCUGUACUGGAGGAUCCCAGCUGUAAACUGGAGAAGCUGCAGCUGUCAGGCUGUAGAGUCACAGAAGAAGGCUGUUCUUCCCUGGCUUCAGCUCUGAGGUCAAACCCCUCACAUCUGAGAGAGCUGGACCUGAGCUACAAUCACCCAGGAGACUCAGGAGUGAAGCUGCUCUCUGCUGUACUGGAGGAUCCCAGCUGUAAACUGGAGAAGCUGCAGGUGGGCCGGUGUGAACUCACAGAGAAAUGCUGUGAGGCACUGGCUUCAGCUCUCAGAUCAAACUCCUCACCCCUGAGAGAGCUGGACCUGAGUGACAAUGACCUGCAGGACUCAGGAGUGAAGCUGCUCUCUGCUGGACUGGGGGACAUACACUGUAAACUGGAGAUACUGAGGUCAGUUUUACUGGGUAUUCCACACUGUAAACUGGGGGUAGUGAGGUGAGUAUUACUGGGUAUUUCACACUGUACAGUGGAAAUACUAAGGUAGAAAAUAACUAAUGAUUUCAAAAUAAAGCAGGAGUAUCUAAGUCUAGGGGUUGACUUAAAAAAUAACAUUAGACUCGCUACAGUAAGUGGAAUGUCGAAAGGAAGAUUGCAUUGGAGGCUAAGGAUGACAUUAAAAGUUUCUUCCAAUAUUUUAACUCCAAAAGAGCUCUAAAAGCUGAAAUCACUAAUCUGCAGGAUAGUAAGGGCCUUAUAAUUGAAAAUGAAAACUGAUAUAGUAAAUGAGUUUAAUGAUUAUUUUACACGGGUGUUCACAGUAGAGGACAUGAUUAACUUACCACCAUUUAGUACAAAUACAGUGUCGUAUAUAAACAAUAUACAGUCCCUCCACAAUUAUUGGCCCCUUGUAAAGAUUUGUAAAAAGGAUUCGAAAAAAAUCCACCUUUUGGCGAAGCAGCUUCAUCUCACACUGAAAAAAAUUUGAAAAAUCCAACCUUUCAUUGAAAUAAAUUUAUUCAAAGAAAAACAAAUCCUUCAUCAAGAAAUAAUUAUUUUCAACAAACACACAUGAGCCACGAUUAUUGGCAGCCCUGCUUUUACUACUCUGUACAACCUCCCUUUGCCAGUAUAACAGCACUGAGUCUCCUAUAACAUUUUAUAAGGUUGGAGAAUACAGAGCAGGGCAUCUGAGACCAUUCCUCUUUACAGAAUCUCUCCAGAUCACCCAGGGUCCUCGGCCCUCUCUUGUGCACUCUCCUCUUCAGCUCAGCCCACAGGUUUUCAGUGGGGUUCAGGUCAGGGGACUGAGAUGGCCAUGGCAGAAGCUUGAUUCUGCGGUCAGCUGACCAUUUAAAUGUUUAUUUGGACAUGUGCUUAGGAUCACCGACCUGCUGGAAGAUCCAAUGAAGGCCCAGUUUUUGUUUCCUGGCAGCAGCAGCCAAAUUUUGAUAUAAAAUGUCCUGGUAUUUCAUGGACCCCAUAGUGCCAUGUACCCUAACGAGGUUUCCAGGGUUUUUGGAGGAAAAACAGCUCCACAACAUCACAGAACCUCCACCAUAUCUUACAGCUGGGAUAAGGUUCAUUUCAUUAUAACCAUCCUUCUUUUUACGCCAAACCCACCUUGAAUGUUUAUUGCCAAAAAGCAUUUUUGUUUCAUCAGACAGUUGAAUUUGAUUCCAGUCAAAGUUGUAUAAUGUUUUGCAAACUCCUGGCACUAACAUUUUAAGUAAAUGACAGAAAAAGCUUCUUUCUGUCAUAACUUUCAAAACGUCUGUUAGCAUGAAGGGGGCGUCUGAUGGUUUUUUGGAGACGUGGUAACCCCAAGGUUUUACUUUGUCUGGUAAUUGACUAACAGUCAUCCUUGGGGAUUUUUUGUCUCUCUUACGAUCCUCCUCACUGUAUGUGGGGGCAAAAUAAACUUGGGUCCUCUUUCAGGCAGGUUUCUAACAGUUCCAGUUAAUGCCCACUUUUUAAUUAUUGCCCUAAGAGUAGAAAUUGGCAUUUUAAGGUGAGUAGCUAUUUUUUAAUCCACAUUCCCUGACUUAUGAAGGUCAGCACACUUCUCCCUCAUUUGGUCUGUGUGUCUCUUAUCUUUCCCAUGUUGAUGGAUGACUAAGGGAAUUUGAGCUCUGUGUCUCCUCAUGUUUGUACCCCAGUUACUCAGGAAGUCAUGGAUUACAGCUUGAAGGCUCCUACUCACUCCAAUCAACUCAAAUAUGUAUAAUUUACAUGGGAAACAUGCUUCAGUUACAUUGUGUUCACUAUAAUUUGCAGGGCUGCCAAUAAUCGUGGCUCAUGUGUUUUUGUUAAAAAUAAUUAUUUCUUGAUGAAGGAUUAGAUUUUUCUUCAGAUAAAUUGAUUUUAAUUAAAGGUUGGAUUUUUCUCAUUUUUUCCUUGUGAGAUGAAGCAACUUCACCAGAAGGUGGAUUUUUUCUUACCCCUUGUCCAAAGGGGUGCCAAUAAUUGCGUAGGGCAUGUAUGUAUAACUGAGGCUGAUGUGGUACAAAGCCUAUAGCUAAGCUCAAAAUAAAUAAAUCACAGGGUCCUGAUGGCAUCUUACCUAUAGUUUUAAAAUAAAUGAGGGUUAUUAUUAGCCAACCUUUAACUUUACUGUUUCCGAAAUCCUUAUUUGCACGUGAGGUACCUUAUGAUUGGAAGUAUGCUAAUAUAGCACCCAUAUUCAAAAAAGGGGAUAGAUGUAAUCCAGCAAACUACAGGCCAAUUACUUUAACUUGCAUAACUGGAAAAGUUAUGGAUACAAAUAACCUGGAUACAAAUAACAUUCUGAGGGGUAGCCAACCUGGAUUUAGGAGAAGUAGAUCCUGUUUAACUAAUCUACUUGUGUUCUUUGAGGAAGCAAAAAUAGAACUUGGUCACAAAAUGUACUAAGAUUUGCAGAAGGCCUUUGAUGUUGUCCCCCUCAAACAGCUCUUGCUUAAGCUCAAAGCUGCAGGGAUUUUAGGAACUGUAGCAACUUGGAUUGAAAACUGGUUAACUGACAGGAAGCAGCAGGUAGUUAUUAGAGGCACAAUGUCACAGUGGGCCUGCGGUCAUAGUGGGGUACCGCAGGGUUCAAUUUUAGGAUCACUAUUGUUCCUAAUUUACAUUAAUGAUAUUGACACCAAUACAUACAGUAAACUAGUUAAAUUUACAGACGACACCAAGGUGGAUGAUGUAGCAAAUACUGAUCUAGCAGCGGAGAGGCUACAACGGGAUCUUUAUUUAAUUAGCGACUGGGCUGAUACCUGGCAGAUUAAAUUUAAUAUAGAUAAAUGUAAGGUAAUUUAUGCAGGGAGCAGAAAUAUAAAGUACAGAUUUUUUAUGGGUUUCACUGAAAUAAAGGUUACUAAUUAUGAGAAAGACCUCAGUCAGUAUGUUGAUGCUUCCAUGUCCCACUCUCACCAGUGUGGGGAAGCAAUUAAAAAGGCCAAUAGGAUGUUGGGUUACAUCUCUAGGUGUGUGGAGUUUAAUUUAAAUGAAGUGAUGCUAAGAUUAUACAAUUCCUUGGUAAGACCCCACCUAGAAUAUUGUUUUAAUGUGAGAGGGGGAUAUAGGGAUGUCGAAGGAACAAUGAGGUUCACUUUGGUCCGUUCAGAAAUAUUUCUUAAAAUAUACACAAAAUUAUGAUAUAUUUCAUAAGCAUUGAUAGGUAAUCGGGGGCAGCAUGGUGGUGCAGUGGUUAGCACUGUUGCCUCACACCUCUGGGACCUGGGUUCGAGUCUCCGCCUGGGUCACAUGUGUAUGGAGAUUGCAUGUUCUCCCCAUGUCGUCGUGGGGUUUCCUCCAGGUACUCCGGUUUCCCCCCACAGUCCAAAAACAUGCUGAGGCUAAUUGGACUUCCUAAAUUGCC